AUGUGCUUUAACUCACAUUGGCACUUUCAAUUAACAUCUCUUUUGAUCAGUAGUGCUUAUCUUGAUGAUGUCAGGGACAGGGGGUUUUUGGAUGAUGGGGACAGGGUGUUACACAAGCUUAUAAAAUAUGAGAGUAAGAUGGUUGGUUUCGUUGAUUUUUUUUGCAUAAAAGAUGUACGUAUUUUUUCAGCAAUACGGCAAAAUAUCCAAGCUUUAGCGUUCGAAUUAAGACAGAAAUCUAUCAAAAGCUAUGCGUCGUUUCUGUUUUACAUCUUUUAUGGUAAAAUUCACGUCUGUGAUUGGAUGAAGAUCUUAAUCAGAUUGCUUAUAAAUGCACAGACUUUGUACUCCAAAAAAUAA